AUGGCUCGCCAUACACCUUUACCUCGUUUUCGACUCGAUACAAAUCCUAUUACUGAACAAUGUGUUAAUAGUGUACGUUCUACACCGGCAUCACCUAAUAUGUCUCACCAACAAUUACCAUUACAAACACAACGUUCUCAAGUUCGUUUUCGCCGAUCAGCUUGUUCUGAUUUACAAUGUACAACUAUACCAGAAGAAUGUAUAUAUAAUGGAAAUCGUCGUCGAGCAAGUUUAUUUAUUGGUCGACCAUCAAAAGAAACAAUUGAUGUUCCAACGGUAUCUUCAUAUGAUCAAGAACCAACUGAAUGUGACUAUGCACAAUUAUGUCGACAACGAUGUCAAUCACUCUAUGGAUCAUUAGCUAAUUCUACGGAUACAUCAACACCAGUAACUCCAUUAAUUUUAACAGGAAACUCAUUUACAGUGAGCGAUGAUGAUGAUGAUGAUGAUGAUGAUAAUGACGAUGAUGAACAAGACGAAGAUGAAGAUGAUCAAUGUUUUGAAACACCAUCAACAAAUAAUUUUCGUUAUUCAUUACCUGAGACAUUACCUAUUGGAUUAGGAAUACGUAAUUUUCUUAAACGUAAUAGAACAACAAAUUAUUAUCAUCAUCAUCAUCAUCGAUUCGGUUUACCAUCACAUUCAUCUAAUUCAUUAUGUUCAUCAACAUCAUCUUCUUCAUCCAUUUUGACAAAUUCUUCUUCACCAUUAUCAACAUUCCGUAAUUUUCUUUCUCUAGUUAAACUACCAUCAUCAUCAUCAUCAACAAAAUCAAUAAACUCAACAUCAUCAUCAAUAUCAACAACACCACAUCAUUCGAGUUUAACUACAUUAACUAGUGCGUCUGGUGGAUCAUCAACAACACUUGAUCAAACAACAUCAUUCAUUUCAUCACUGAAAAAACGUCCUACAACUAUUAUCGAUACUCAAUACCGAUGGCACUUUGAGACUGACAAAUCACAAUGGUGUUCAUCUGAUGGUACAAGUAUAAUUAUUCUUGGUUCGAUUGAAUUACAUAAUUUAACAUAUGCUGAACAUAAACAAUUGAAACGUCUUAUUCUUCAACGAUUGCAAUCAUCGCAAUAUGAUCUUGGCAUGCCAAUACAUGUGCCGAAAGAAGAAUCAGUUAGAAAACGUAAACAUCAUUUUAUGUUUCGUAGUAAAUCAAGUGACAAAUCAAAAGAAGCAAGAGACGCUAAAUCAAAUGGAAAUGUGUUUGGUGUUGCUCUAGCUCAAUGUGUAAUUGAUGAUGAUUGUCGUUUUCAAGAUGAAACAACUCCAGUAUCACAAUCUGUUAUGACUUCAGCUAGUGGAACUAAUCGAAAAGAUAGUACUGAUAUGGUUAUAAUAACAACCAAUGGAAAACGAACAAGUCCUUCCGGGAGUAUUUCAUCAACAAAUGAUAGUGGAUAUUCAAUUUCUCCUGCAAGUCCAAGUAGUUUACAUAUAUCAGAUUGUGAUUAUGAACAAACAAAACUUCGAUCAAUAUCACUUGAAGCAUUAGCUGGAAAUGAACCAGGUGCUAAUAUCAAUAGAUGUAAUACAUUACGAUGUUAUCCAGCUAAAGUACCUGAAUUAAUACAAAAUUGUUGUGAUUAUUUAGAAAAAAAUGCAUUACAAACUGUUGGCCUAUUUCGAGUUGGUGUAUCGAAAAAACGUUUGAAAGAACUCAAAGAUCAAGUUAAUUUAAAUCGUAGUUUAACAUUUGAUUUAUCAACAAAUGCACAUGAUAUAGCUGGUUUAAUUAAAGAAUUUUUACGUGAAUUACCUGAACCAUUAUUAACACGUGAUUUAUGUGCGCCAUUUCUUAAUGUUCCAUCAAGACUUAAUCCAAAAGAUCAAUCUCGUGCUCUUUCAUAUCUUAUUGGUUUAUUACCAUCAUCAAAUCGAGAUACAUUAUAUACAUUAUUAAAAUUUCUUCAUCAUGUUUCUUUAAAUUCUCAAGAUCGUUAUACAACUGAUGGAAAACUGCUUGUACUUGGUAAUAAAAUGGAUACAGCAAAUUUAGCUAUUGUUUUUGCACCAACAAUACUUAUGGAUGGCAAAGCACCGGUGAUAUCAAGUAAAGAUAUGAGUGUAGCUAUGAGUGCUGAUCAAAUGGAACAAGGAAAAACAGUUUUAAAAAUGAUGAUUGAACAGUAUAAAGAACUAUUUAUGAUACCUAAAGAUUUACAUAAUCAAAUAUGUCUUGCAUUAAAUGAAUCAGAUAAUACACAAUUGAUGAGAGCAUUAGCAUUUAAAGUACAAAAAGGUUGUGGAAUAACUUCUAUGCAAUUAGAUGAAUCUAAUGAACAUAUAUUAAUGUCACUUGAUUUGACACCACUUUUAUGUGAAACACCAAAUGCAACAAGUAGUAUUUUUUCAUCAAUCAUUCCUCAAACAAAUCGAUCUAAUCAACAACAACAAACACUUCGUCGAUAUAAUCAUCGACGUAAUUCAGAUUUUCCAUGUACAUCAACACAUGCAUCACGUUCAUCAGAAUUUCUUCAAGUACCUAUGUCAUCAUCACAACACCGUCUUACAAAUCAAACUCAACAAUCAUCAUCAAAAUUACCACGUGUACGUGAUAUACGUGAAGCAAGUAUGGAUCAAAUUAUAUUUCGUGUUAUUGAACCAUUUACAUCCAUAUCUAAUCAAGAACCACAACAACAACAAUAUUUAAAACAUCCAACUGAACCUAUUAUAAAUAUAAGUUCUUUUGAUGAUGUUAUAACUUCAUCUAUAAUGCGACCGAAUUCAUUGGAUAUUAAAGAAUCUCCACCAUCACCACCACCAUCACCUAUUUUACGAACUUCUGCAAUAUCUUCAACGGCAGCAACAAUAUCAGACAAUUCAUUUUUACGAGAAAUAAAACCAUAUUCACGUUCAAAAACAGCUCCACUUUCAUCUUCGUCCGGUGCACAACACUUUUUAAGUGUUAAACGUCGAGAAGCACGUGAUCUAUGUGGUUCGAGUUCGAACGAUGAGUCACCAUCGCCGACUAGUGGUCAUCAUAGUACUCUUGUCUAA